AACCAGAUAAACUGGUGGUGGUGUUUGGACAAGAAGAAGCCGAGGGAAGUCUUCUAAGGCUCAUAGCUGGCAACCUGGAAUAAAAAAUCCAUACCGAGGUGUUGUAGUAUGGCCUGUUCCUGAAAACAUUGAAAUCACUGUAACGCUUUUUAAGGAUCCUCAUGCAGAGGAAUUUGAAGAUAAAGAAUGGACAUUUGUUAUUGAAAAUGAAUCCCCUUCUGGUAGAAGAAAAGCUCUUGCUACUAGCAACAUCAACAUGAAGCAGUAUGCAAGUCCUAUGCCAACUCAGACUGAUGUCAAGUUAAAGUUCAAACCAUUAUCUAAAAAAGUUGUAUCUGCCACUCUCCAGUUUUCAUUAUCUUGCAUUUUUCUUAGGGAAGGAAAAGCCACGGAUGAAGAUAUGCAAAGUUUGGCUAGUUUGAUGAGUAUGAAGCAAGCUGAUAUUGGGAAUUUAGAUGAUUUUGAAGAAGAUAAUGAAGAAGAUGAUGAGACCCGAGUGAAUCAAGAAGAAAAGGCAGCAAAAAUUACAGAAAUUGUAAAACAGUUGAAUGCUCUGAGCAGCUUAGAUGAAGAUCAAGAUGACUGCAUAAAGCAAGCAAAUAUGCCUUCAGCUAAAUCAGCCAGUUCUUCUGAAGAACUUAUCAAUAAACUUAACUUUUUAGAUGAAGCAGAAAAGGACUUGGCCACAGUGAAUUUAAAUCCAUUUGGUGAUCCCGAUGCAGCAGAGUUAAAUCCAUUUGGAGAUCCAGACGCAGAAGAACCAAUCACUGAAACUGCUUCACCUAAAAAAGCAGAAGAACACUUUUAUAAUAACAGCUACAAUCCCUAUAAAGAGGUACAGACUCCACAGUAUUUGAACCCAUUUGAUGAGCCAGAUACCUUUGUAAGCCUAAAAGAUUCCCCUCCCCAAUCAACCAAAAGAAAAAACGUAAGACCCGUGGAUAUGAGCAAGUACCUCUAUGCUGAUACUUCUAAAACUGAAGAGUUGGAUGAAUCAAAUCCUUUUUAUGAGCCUAAACCACCUCCUCCUCCAAACAAUUUAGUAAAUUCAUUUCAAGAACUGGAAACUGAGAAGAGAGUGAAAAGAAAAGCUCCAGCACCACCAGCCAUUUUACCAAAGGCAGGAGGAGUACAUGAAAACAAAGUUGUUUUUACAGGAAGAGAUCUCUCUACUUCUCCUAAGCCAAGCCCUAUACCAAGUCCUGUUUUGGGGCAAAAGCCAAAUGCUAGUCAGUCAUUGCUUGUAUGGUGCAAGGAAGUUACAAAAAACUACCGGGGAGUGAAAAUCACUAAUUUUACUACAUCGUGGAGAAAUGGUUUAUCUUUUUGUGCAAUAUUACACCACUUUAGACCAGAUUUGAUUGAUUACAAGUCUCUGAAUCCUCAAGAUAUUAAAGAGAACAACAAAAAGGCAUAUGAUGGAUUUGCCAGCAUAGGAAUUUCCCGGUUAUUGGAACCAUCGGAUAUGGUUUUAUUAGCAAUUCCUGACAAACUGACAGUGAUGACUUAUCUGUAUCAAAUAAGGGCACAUUUCAGUGGCCAAGAACUAAAUGUUGUUCAGAUAGAAGAAAACAGCAGUAAAAGCACAUACAAAGUGGGAAACUACGAGACAGACACAAAUAGCUCUAUUGAUCAGGAAAAAUUCUACGCAGAGCUUAGUGACCUGAAGCAGGAGCCUGAACUGCAGCCUCCUACCAGUGGAGCAGUAGACUUCUUAUCCCAGGAUGACUCUGUGUUUGUUAAUGAUAGUGGGGUCGGAGAGUCAGAAAGUGAACAUCAGACCCCUGAUGAUCAUCUUAGUCCCAGCACAGCUUCCCCCUACUGUCGCAGGACUAAAAGUGACACAGAGCCCCAAAAGUCUCAGCAGAGCUCGGGAAGGACUUCAGGACCGGAUGAUCCUGGAAUUUGUUACACUACAGAUUCAACUCAUGCACAAGUUUUGUUAGGCAAGAAGAGACUACUGAAAACUGAGCCAUUAGAACUAAGUGACUUAUAUGUCAAUGAUAAGAAGAAGGAUGUUUCUCCAGCCUCUAUUUCUGAGGAGACAGAUGAGCAAAAACUUCAAACUCUAGAUAUCGGUAGCAACAUAGAGCAAGAAAAAUUAGAGCAUUUCAAACCUUUGGAAUGUGGAUCAGAUCCCGAGUCACCUGUCAAAAAAACAACAUUGUCUCCGUCUUCUAAGCUUGGAUAUUUAUAUAAUAAAGAUGUAGACAUCGCAAAGAAUAAAUAUACUUCCCUGAAGCAGACAGAGUCUGAUCCAGAUACUGAUAAAAGCAUGCACAAUCAUGCAGAUUAUUCUGUAAAAACAGUCCAACAUCGAAUGUUAUCCAGACAAGAAGAACUUAAAGAAAGAGCAAGAGUUCUGCUAGAGCAAGCAAGAAGAGAUGCGUAUGUAAAAGCAGGGAAUAAGCAGAAUACCAGCACAGCCACACCGCUCUGCACCAAGCAGCAAAAUGAUCAGCAAGAUGAAGAGCGACGUCGGCAGCUGAGAGAGAGAGCUCGUCAGCUAAUAGCAGAGGCUCGAUCUGGAGUGAAGAUGUCAGAACUUCCGAGCUAUGGUGAAAUGGCUGCAGAAAAGUUGAAAGAAAGGUCAAAGGCAUCUGGAGAUGAAAAUGAUAAUAUUGAGAUAGAUACUAACGAGGAGAUUCCUGGAGGCUUUGUUGUGGGAGGUGGAGAUGAACUUACUAACUUAGAAAAUGACCUUGAUAUUUCUGAACAAAAUGCGAAGUUGGUGGACUUGAAGUUAAAGAAGCUCCUAGAAGUUCAGCCACAAGUGGCAAACUCAUUCUCCAGUGCUGCUCAGAAAGCUGUUGCUGAGAGCUCAGGAUAUGACAGUAAGGAUGGCACAGAUGAACUCCGUACUGAAAGAUUACAAAAAGCAGUAGAAUGUUUUAGAAAUCCUGUGGUGUUCAGCAAAGAUUCUACAAUCAGAAAAACUCAACUUCAGUCUUUCAGUCAAUAUGUAGAGAAUAGACCAGAGAUGAAAAGGCAGAGAUCAAUACAGGAAGAUACAAAGAAAGGAAAUGAGGAGAAGGCAGCGAUAACUGAAACUCAGAGGAAACCAUCAGAAGAUGAAGUGCUUAAUAAAGGGUUCAAAGACACCAGUCAGUAUGUUGUAGGAGAAUUGGCAGCACUAGAGAAUGAGCAAAAGCAAAUUGACACCCGUGCCGCGCUGGUGGAGAAGCGCCUUCGCUAUCUCAUGGACACAGGAAAGAACACAGAAGAAGAAGAAGCUUUGAUGCAGGAAUGGUUUAUGUUAGUUAAUAAGAAAAAUGCCUUAAUAAGGAGAAUGAACCAGCUCUCUAUGCUGGAAAAAGAACAUGAUUUAGAACGAAGGUAUGAGCUACUGAAUCGGGAAUUGCGAGCAAUGCUGGCCAUCGAAGACUGGCAGAAGACCGAGGCCCAGAAGCGUCGGGAGCAACUCCUACUGGACGAGCUGGUGGCCCUGGUGAACAAGCGGGAUGCUCUCGUCAGGGAUCUGGACGAGCAGGAGAAGCAGGCCGAAGAAGAGGAUGAGCAUCUGGAACGAACUCUGGAGCAAAACAAAGGCAAGAUGACCAAGAAAGAAGAGAAAUGUGUUCUGCAGUAGCAGCCGAAGGAGAAUCUUUCCCAACAUUUUAGUCUUGGGUCCCCAGACCAGAAAAAGUUACACCCCUUGUUAAUUUAAACUUUUAAAACAUUUUGUUUGGCUGGAUUGUACUUAUGUAGCACUACCACCAUCUCUUUUCCUCCCUCCUUUUCAGAGAAUAUACAGAACUCCAAAAUUGAUUGCUUUGAGGAUUUUUGAGUGUGAGUUAAAUCACUUCCUUGAAAUCUUGUGAAAUCGAUUUGCACACAUCCCUUGUGAGCGAUUUGUAUUGAGAGUGUUGGGAAACUGUUCAAAGAAGAAAAAUCCUUCCCUUUUUCCCCCUCUGUUUGGGAAGAACAUUUGGAAACAUUUUUGUUGUGUUGUUAAUAGCAUAAUGCUGGGUGGGGGAGGGGGCAAAAAGAGAGAUAAGAAAAUUGUCAUGGAUGAUUUUUUUCCAGUCUUGCCAUCUGUAACUCUGACUCUGUUGCCUAAAUUCCAUAGUUAGCUCAUACUCAAUCUACUUAUUAAACUGUGUUGUAUUUACCA